CCCAACCCCCUCUGCGUCCUUCGCUCAUUGUUCAGCUUGUGCUAGCUAAUGUGCUAGUCAGAGGAUAGCCAAUAUUACGAAGAGGUUUAAACUUUUCAUGCAUGCAUUAAAGACAGUUUGAGUUUAAAACAAAUAUUUGAGAGCUCGUCAAAGCAACCAUGAGCAAGAGGAAAGCGCCGCAGGAAUCCCUAAAUGAGGGAAUAACAGACUUUCUUGUCGAGUUGGCCAAUUACGAGAAAAACGUCAACAGGGCAAUACACAAGUACAAUGCCUACAGGAAAGCAGCAUCUACCAUUGCCAAGUACCCUAACAAAAUCAAAAGUGGCGAAGAGGCCAAGAAACUGGAUGGUGUCGGAGCUAAAAUAGCAGAAAAGAUUGAUGAGUUCCUACAGACAGGCAAACUGCGGAAACUGGAAAAGAUCCGUAAUGAUGACACCAGCUCUUCAAUCAAUUUCCUCACCAGAGUUACUGGGAUUGGCCCUGCUGCGGCCAGGAAGUUUUUUGAUGAAGGGGUGAAGACAUUAGAAGAUUUGAAAAAGAUUGAACACAAGCUAAAUCAUCAUCAACAGAUUGGACUCAAGUAUUUUGAGGAAUUCGAGAAAAGGAUUCCACGUGCUGAAAUGGAAAAGAUGGAGACUCUUAUUCUGGGAGAGUUAGAGCAGAUCGACCCAGAAUACAUCGGAACAAUCUGUGGCAGCUACAGGAGAGGUGCAGCAUCGAGUGGUGAUAUUGAUAUUUUGCUAACCCACCCAGACUAUACCUCUCUGACUCCGAAGCAGCCCAAGCUCCUCCAUGCUGUCGUUGACCAUUUGGAGUCCAUGGGUUUUGUGACCGACACCCUGUCCAAAGGAGACACCAAAUUCAUGGGAGUCUGCCAGCUGCAGCAGAGCGAUGAAGAUGAAGAUGAGGAAGAAUACCUUCACAGGCGUAUUGAUAUUAGGUUAAUUCCUAAAGACCAGUACUACUGUGGAGUUCUGUAUUUCACUGGAAGUGAUAUCUUCAAUAAAAACAUGAGAACACACGCUCUGGAGAAGGGCUUCACUCUUAAUGAGUACACCAUACGACCACUUGGAGUCACUGGUGUGGCAGGAGAGCCUCUGUUGGUGGAUAGUGAGAGAGACAUCUUUGAAUACAUCCACUACAAAUACAGAGAGCCAAAGGACCGCAGCGAGUGAAGCAAAGGACAGCUCACAGUUACAUCUGUUACAGCACUCCUGCAAAUGAAUACAGAAACAUGUUUACAAACGUGUGUACAAUUCAUCUAUGUUAUCAAAAAGAAAACAACUGUGAAGUCAUUUGAUUGUUUGUUUUGAACUUUUAUAUCUAUCUUAAAUUGAAACCAUUAACAUUUUAAUCUAAAACAAGAAAGUUAAGUGGUUUUUAACUCGGUUUAAGUAUCCAUGGUGUAUCUAUGUGACAGCCUUUGGGCUCAAUUGUAACCAUUUUUUAAAAUCAUGCUCUCAACAGUAAUUUAUUUUUGACCACACUUGUAUAUUUAAGUUUUAAUAUGCCAAAAAUUGAUUAUACCAUAACCUCAGAAGAAAUCUAAAUGUGUACUGGCUUCUGUUGUUCAUCCAUUAUGAACAGUGAGGCAAACUAUCAUCAGGACAUUUUGCCUUUACAGGAGUGCCCUUUAGUACUUUGGCUGAGCUGUUUUAAUGUAUAGUCACACAGUCAGACAACAGAGUGGUAUUUAUGCGACUUUAUGUUAGUAGUUUAAAAAAGAUCUCAUUCAACUUGAACAUUUAAAAGUGUGUUUUAAAUCUGUGGUAUUUCUCUUCCGGUUUGGGCAAACAAUGUAAUGAUGCAAAGGCUAUUUUUUGGUAAUGGGCUUAGUUUUUGGUAAUGGACACUAAUUUGGGAGAAAAAGAUCAUACAUUUUUGGGGACAAAGGGAAUAAACAUUUUCAUUUUAGCGAUUGAUGUAUGAAAAUGACUGUUACACUGGUAGACUGUGGUUGUGUGAAAAUGAUUACAUGUGUGGUAGUAGGUCAGGAAAUUAUUGCAUCUUGAGUGUUUUUUAGGGGGGCAUUUUUAAAGCUAAAGAUAAAAGUUAUGAAUGUUGACCAGGUUACUGAAAUACUGCCACAGUGUACCCUGGUGAUAGAGAUUUUAAUCUAUAACACAAAACUUGAACAUAAAGAUCAGGACUUUGAUUCAGUUUUGUGUGUGAAUGAUUGAAAACAUUUCUGAAAAUGUUAAAAGAAAAAAACGUGGGUUUGUAAAUGGUCAACUGUUAAGUAUGUAUGAGUGAAAUAAAUGGAUAAAAAAAUAAAA